CGCACAGGAGCGUCUCCAGGGACCUUGAAGUGUAACACAAACAAUGACGGACUCAGCUUUGGGUAGACCGUACCACAUUAUUGUUUUCGGUGCCUCCGGGUUCACCGGGCAGUUCGUGGUGGAGGAGGUCGCCCGAUGUGCAGCAGAGAGUCCCGGCUCCCUGCAAUGGGCCGUGGCCGGGAGGAGCAGACAGCGGCUGGAGGAAGUGCUGAGACGCGCCGCGGGGAGGCUGUCUAUGCCAGAGUUGAGGACAGAUGUUGAGAUAAUAAUCGCUGAUGUGUCUAUUGAAGAAUCGCUGGCCGUCAUGUGCCAACAAGGCCAGGUGAUUCUCAACUGUGUGGGACCAUACAGAUUUUAUGGUGAACCAGUGGUCAAAGCUUGUAUAGAAAAUGGGGCUCACUAUGUGGACAUCUGUGGGGAACCUCAGUUCCUAGAGCGUAUGCAGCUAGAGUACCACGCCAAAGCCUCAGAGAGAGGAGUGUAUGUAAUUGGCAGCUGUGGCUUUGACUCCAUACCGGCAGACCUGGGUCUCCUCUACACACAGAAGCAGUUCAAAGGAACACUGACAGCAGUGGAGAGCUUCCUGGUAAUCAGCAGCGGGUCUGAGGGGUCGUCCGGCCACGAUGCAACUUGGCAGUCUGCUGUGUACGGCUUCGCAGACAGCGGAUCCCUUCGCCAGCUGAGGAAGAAGUUUGGCCACAAACCGCUGCCUGUGCUGGGAGCCAAAGUAAAAAAGAGGGGUUUUGUGUUUUUCAGCAAGGAGAUUGAGCAGUACGCCAUCCCAUUUAUGGGUUCUGACCCCUCGGUAGUAAAGAGAACCCAGCGUUUCCUUUACGAGGAGGAGCACCAGUCACCAAUCCAGUACAGUGCCUUUGUCGGGGUCGGCGGCCUCUUUUCUGUAGUGAAGUUCUUCUGUGGCGGACUGCUCUUCUGGUUUCUUGUCAAAUUCAGCUUCGGCAGGAAACUCCUCACCACGUUUCCACGGUUUUUCUCUUUUGGCUUGUUCAGCAAGGCUGGUCCAACCGAAAAGCAGAUAGAAAACACCUGCUUCAGCAUGACAUUUUUCGGAGAGGGCUACUCAGAGGGCACAGACCCCUCACAGGGCCAACCCAACUCUAAGAUCUGCACCCAGGUCAUAGGAGCAGAGCCUGGUUAUGUAGCGACAGUGUCUGCUAUAGUGCAAGCAGGAGUAACUCUGCUGAAUGAAGUGCACUCGCUCCCCAAGAGGGGAGGGGUGUACACUCCAGGAGCUGCCUUCUAUAAAACCAGCAUCUUCGACCGCCUUCAUAAUCACAGCAUCAAGUUCUCAGUGAGAAGCUACCAGUAGCUUGUUAACAGUGGCUCCUGUGAAGGUGAUGCCACUUUACAGUCACAGUGUACUUUAUCUGUGCUGAUAUUCACUACAGAUGAUGAAUUAUCUGCCAUGCAGUGAUUAUCAAACUGUGAUUGUAGUUAAAAAAAUCCCUGAACUCUGCAGCUAUAGUUUGCUUGUUUUGGGACACAAAUGUGAAGGUUGUAAUUUAUUAGCGGUCAGGGUGAUGAGUCCGUAACUAAAAACUCUGAAACAGAGAGGUUUGUGGUCUUGCUCAAAGACACUUCAGAAGCUCCAGCUGUGCCUUUACCAAAAAUCCUUUUUCUCUGCAAAGUAAGACCUCAUGUUUUUAAUCUGGUUAAAUGAAAAUACAAUUUCAUUGCUUGUAUUACUGUUUUUCUGAAUGAAGAGAUGAAAAUAUAUAACAUAUCAAGUUGUAAAGUUUACGUAUUACAGAUGGCAGGUAGAUUUGUACUUAAAUGUACAAAACAAAAAGGAAAACACUAAACUUUAUAUUAAAAACUUGAAAAAUUAUGAUAAUUACAACAUUACAGGGAAAAUAUUUCACUGUACAUUUGUUUUAUUAUACAUUUUAAUCAUGCAUAUCAAUCAAUCAUGUAAUAAAGUACUGCUCAGACUC